GGUAUGCGUCCCAAGAUGGUGCUCCAUGAUUAAUUGGUCGCGCAGUAUCAUGUCAGCUUCCGUUCUGCAUAGUGUUUUCAAAGAUCGAACAAGUAUACGAAGUAUAUCUAUAUCGUCGUUGCGACAAGUACAUCAGCGUGGAUCAACGUUCCGCAAUUUUAUCGCAUCGGUUUUAUUGCUUGUAGUCGCCGCCCCUGGAAGUGCCUAUUAAACUUGUGAAUGUAUGUGAGAAUAGUGUAUCCUGAGCGAAAUAAUCCGUGGUCCAGUAUCUUCUUUCCGGUCUCUGUGCUGCUCGCCGUGUUUCUCUCUGAGGGCCACCGAUCAUCAUUUGUGAGGCAAGGAAAGGCUCGAGGUAAACUUCCUCCUGGGAAUGUUGAAGGACUCGCUUAUCGUUCGAGCAUCCUGCCAAGAGGUGGGGUUCCGGGUACUUGAAGCGUGCAAAUACUGAACGCCUCCAUGAAAUUUUUAACCAGUAUGCCUCGCAGGAGAAGAAUGGUGAGAGAUUUAUGACCUCAUCUGACUUUGUACGCAGUUACCUUGGCCUUUAUACGAAUGCUGAUUAUAAUCCCGAUUCUGUCAAUUUACUUGCUGGUAUCGUUGACACUAGCAAAGAUGGUCUCAUAUCGUUUGCCGAAUUUCAAGCAUUUGAGGGCCUUCUCUGUGUACCAGACGCUUUAUACAAAACAGCUUUUCAACUCUUUGACACUAAUGGAAAUGGAAUGGUUGCAUUUGAUGAGUUCGUUGAGGUGAUGCGAAAAACUGUACUGCAUCAAAAAAUGCCCUUUAAUAUGGAUAGUAGUUUUAUUAAACUUUACUUCGGAAAAGAUAAGAAGAGAUUAAUCAGUUAUGCGGAAUUUAGCCAGUUUUUGCAUGACUUUCAUGAAGAAUAUGCAACAGAAGCUUUCAAGAAAUUCGAUAAGGAUGGCGCGGGUUUUAUUUCAGCAUUAGACUUUCAAGAUAUCAUGCUUAGUAUUAAGAGUCAUCUACUUACAAAAGAUGUGAGAGAUAAUCUAAUUGCUGCAGUGAGUGUCGGUCAAAGCGGGCGAAAAGUCAGUUUCCCAUAUUUUAUGGCGUUCAAUUCUCUUCUAAACAAUAUGGAACUUAUUAAACGUAUCUAUCUAAAUGCGACCAAUGGCCACAGAUAUCAAGAAGUCACUAAAGAGGAAUUUCUUUAUUCUGCACAAAUGAUGUCUCAAAUAACUCCAUUGGAGGUCGACAUCCUAUUUCAUCUUUGUGACCUACUCCAUCAAACUGGGAAGAUCGUAUAUAAUGAUCUCGUGGCUAUUACACCCGAGCAGUAUUUCAAGCAGAUUACAAAGCGCGUUGCCGAAAUCAAAGCGGUGUCCAGUCCGGACGAUCGCGGUAUUAUCGUGCAAAUGCUUGAGAGUGGCUAUCGGUUUGUGCUUGGUUCUAUAGGUGGAGCUGUUGGUGCUACGGCUGUAUAUCCUAUUGAUUUGGUGAAGACUAGAAUGCAGAAUCAAAGGACUGGAUCUUUCAUAGGCGAACUGAUGUACAGAAACAGCUUUGAUUGCUUCCAAAAGGUCAUUCGACAUGAGGGCAUUUUCGGCCUUUAUCGAGGUCUGAUGCCUCAGUUAAUGGGCGUAGCUCCAGAAAAAGCUAUUAAACUCACAGUUAACGAUUUCGUCAGGGAUAAGUUUAUGGAUAAAAAUGGAAAUUUACCGCUAUACGGAGAAAUUAUAUCUGGCGCCUGUGCCGGAGGAUCACAGGUCAUAUUCACCAAUCCUUUGGAGAUCGUAAAGAUUCGGCUGCAAGUAGCUGGGGAAAUUGCAGGAGGGUCAAAGGUUAGAGCAUGGACUGUCGUCAAAGAAUUAGGUCUAUUUGGAUUGUACAAAGGUGCUAGAGCCUGUUUUUUGCGAGAUGUGCCAUUUAGCGCCAUUUAUUUUCCUAUGUAUGCUCACACGAAAACGCGAUUGGCUGAUGAGGGGGGUUACAAUACGCCAUUAUCGCUUCUUGUUUCCGGUGCGAUCGCUGGUGUUCCUGCAGCAGCGUUAGUCACUCCUGCGGAUGUAAUAAAAACGAGAUUGCAAGUCGUAGCUAGAAAAGGCCAAACCACGUAUAGCGGACUGGUGGACUGUGCGAGGAAGAUUUACAAAGAGGAGGGUGCCAGGGCAUUCUGGAAGGGCGCGACAGCACGAGUGUUCAGAUCAUCACCUCAAUUUGGUGUCACUCUUUUCACAUAUGAGUUGCUACAAAGAUGGUUCGUUGUCGACUUUGGAGGAUCUCGACCUUCCGGAUCAGAACAAAAGGUGCCUACUGUGGGAGUCGCGAACGAAAUUCGAUCAACGAAUCCUGAUCAUAUAGGUGGCUACCAAGUAGCUCUGCCCAUCUUUACGGGUAUAGAAAGCAAAUUUGGUCUUUGUCUACCCAGGUUCCAGGCUGUUACUGGAAAGUAACAAUAUUGUUAGCAGUUGCUAGAAAACUAACUUGUAGCAAUCCCUGCCAUAAAUAAUGUACGAAUACCAGUUUCUGGUUGCUUUGUAUCGACUGCGUGAAGUGAGUGAGAUGCGUUGUGAGCUUCACGAACUACAAAUUGAGUCCGCAAAACAUUUCUUAAUAAUCGUCUUGGCUAUUUCGAGUUGGAUAUUAUAUAGACUACAGAAAAUUGCGAUAAGAAGGACAGUCAUUGAUUGAAUACAUGUUGAAUCAUUAUGUGCACAUAGAAAAUGUAAUUAUAGAUUGGUCAAGGAGAAGUACAAAUUCUGUAGCUUGCAGAAUGCCCAGGAAUGAUUCGUGAUAGCUAAAUCGAUGCAGUCAAUUGAUAUGAAAACAGAAUCAAUGGCAUUGAAACUAUUUAUUUUGAUACUAUAUAAAUAUGUUAUAUCAAAUUGUGAGAGAUGCCGUCUGUGCGUAAUUAUUUUAUAAAGCGAGAAAGAGAAAGAGAGAGAGAGAGAGAGAGAGAGAGAGAGAGAGAAAGAAAGAGAUAAAAAUGAACAUUUAUCGACGAUUUGUUAUUGCUAACUUAAAUGUUUUUACCGAUACAUAUAUAAUAACCAACUGAGUGUCUGUGUUUGUUAAAUCACAAACAAUUAAUGCCAGAUGAUACGAGUAUGACGUUCUAGCAAAGGUUAUAAUAAUCUUCGUGAUGGCCCCGACGUAUAUGCACCAGAUAUAUUUAUGUAAAUUUUAAAUAAUGAGAGUUAGGCCUUUGUAAUUACAUUUCUUAUUUAUAUAAAUGCUUAGCUUGUAUAGCUUGUAUAGUUGGUGAGUAGGAGGCCAGUAAAUUUGUUUUAAAUACACUCGCCAUACAACUGCAAAGCAAUUAUUGACAAAUAAUAUUCGUAUAUAUAUGUAUUCGUCAUUGAAGAAAAAGAGAGAUAAACAAGGAUUUAUCAUUUACUUGUUAUCAAUAUUAUUAUCAAUAUUAUCUAUUAAAGUAGAAUAUAAUAGAUAAUAUAGAAAAAAAUUGAAAUUUUUAUAUAUAUAUAUUUUUUAAGUAUAUAAUAAAGUUUUUUAAAUAACAUAAUUUUUUUGCUUGUUUUUGAAUAAUACAAUUCUUUUGUGUUAAUUUCUGUAAUUAGAAAGACAUUCAGUAUUGUAACAAUUGCAACUUCAAUUAAAACGGACUUAUUGGCACUUUAUAACACCAGUUAUACAAAUACACAAGUAAAUGGAGAAGUUUAACACACAUAAUUCUAAAAAGUUUCUUGUAAAGGCAAUUAUUAAGAAUUAAAACGCAUGUUUAUCUUCUUUUAUUACAGAAAAAUUACACAAAAUAAAAAAAUUUUCUGAGAAGACUUUGAUCCAUAAAACAGACAAUAUAUAAAGGAGGAUGCUCAAAACGGCCUACAAAGCUGCCUAAAAAUAAUCUACAACAAUUGCGAUGGUGAUGUUUUUCAAAAUUGCGCCCUAUUGGAAUGUUUGAUCUACUCGCUGCACUUUAUCGACUAUAGUUUAUGUUAUAGUUUAUUUUUAUGUAACGCCAUAGGCCGUUUCUCAUUUAUAAUUUGGACAUCUUCCUUUAUUAAAUGCACGGACCUCUCUUAUAAUUAUGAUUAUUAAUUGCGCUUAAUUGUACAGAUCUUAAUUGGCAAUACAAGAUAACAGAGAAUUACUUUGUUUACAUACUGAUAAAUUUCAAAUAAAUAAACAAAUCAAAUAAAUAAACUUUUUUUAAAGUG